AGUUUCCCUUGCUAUUGUGGAAAAAUAAUUGGUACUUCUGAUUUCUUAUUUUGAACUAGAAGGAAGAAACAGAGGUGUAGAUGGAAGAUUCAAUAAUAAAUGUUGUCUUAUUAGGAGUAAUAUCGUGGACUACACUCUUUCUGUUAAUAAGAAAGGUGUUUCCAAAACGUUCUUUUGAUUUCUGCAACCGUUUGGUUUCCACAGUCCAUGCAUCUUUAGCAGUAACUUUGGCUUCCCUCUCUGUUCAAGAUUGGAGCUGCCCACUCUGUCCCGUGGCCUCAAAAUCUUCUCCCAAGCAGAUGAGGGCACUUGCAGUAACAGCGGCCUAUCUUAUUUAUGAUUUUGGAUGUUGCCUCUUUGACAAGAAUGUGAAGAUUGAUAACUUAAUUCACCAUUUGGUGUGUGUUGUUGGAAUUGGAGCUGGCCAUGCUUAUGAACGGUGUGGUUCAGAAAUGGUUGCGACGCUAUGGAUAACAGAAAUUUCUAGUCCAUUCCUCCAUCUGAGGGAGCUUCUCAAAGAACUUGGAUACAGAGACACUGACCUUAACUUUGCAGCUGAUGUUUUGUUUGCAGUCAUCUUCAGCAUUGCUAGGAUGAUAGGGGGGCCAUAUCUUGCCUAUGUUACUCUUUCUGCUGAUAAUCCAAUCCUCAUAAAGGCCAUGGCUUUGGGGCUGCAACUUGUCAGUGCUUACUGGUUCUACAAGAUUGUGAGGAUGGUGAUGUACAAAUUUUCAAGGAGAACAAAAUCUGCAGCUGUUUUUUCAAAGAAGUAAUUUGCUGACUUAUCCAGAAACUCAAUUUCUUUUGUGCUAAAAGUAUAUUAGCGUUUGAAGAGCAGCAAAAAAUCACUUUAAGGCUGACUACUUUCGCAAUCUCCAUCUUUAAUUAUAUCAGCAUGAUUUUGAUAGCACAAAAGAGAUUGUACCUUGUUGACUGCAACACGGAUUCAUUUGUCCUACUGCAGACAUGUUAUUAAGGAGAGGCGGAUUUAGGACAGGUUCUAUGGUUCAAUCAAACUCAUUACUUUAGGCUCGAA